AUGUCAUCGUCAUACGAUGAGUUGCCCCCCCGCGUCGACCUCCUCAGGUUGAUGAUCCAGCAUCCGCUUCCUCUGCUCGCCCCUGGAAUAAUAGAUCCGGCCUCGAUGGUGGGUGAUGAGCCAACCAAGCAAGCUCAGGCUGUAUUGGAUAAGCUGAACACCGCGCUGGCUAGAAAUGAUCCGGAGGCGCUGGAAGACUGCUUCUGGAAGGAUCGGGCAUACUGGAAAGAUCAGCUAGCACUGACGUAUCAUCUGCGGACAUUUAAAACACCAGACAUAAUUUCUGCCAGUCUGCUGGAGACUAACAAGCUGAGGGCCAUCAAGGGAGACAUAACGAUCGACGGCGGGGCUAUGUUUAUCCCAGCAACACCAGUUCUUCAAUUCAUUGACUGUGGAAUUGUCUUCCAAACUAGCUCGCCAGCCGCCGCUUGCAAAGGAAAGAUAGUACUAUUGCCGGUUAAAGGCGCCAACGAGACAAUCGAGUGGAAGAUAUGGGUUCUGAGCACUAUUUUGAAAGAGCUGGACUUGCAGAAAGAGAAUGAGCCACUUCUCUAUUCUCCUGGAAGACAACUCGAGGGAAUCGAGAGCUUCAUGACCGAAGUCUUCAUAAUCGGAGGCGGAAAUGCAGCAAUAGCCUUGGCGGCACGUCUUAAAGCCCUAGGGAUUGAGAGCGUCAUGGCCGAGCGCAAUGCCCAGGCAGGGGACAAUUGGGCUCUCCGCUAUGAUUGCAUGCAUUUCCAUGUCCCCACUUCACUCUGCCACUUGCCCUAUAUGGACUAUGACAAGAAGCUUUUAACUCCCCACCGUCUCUCGAAAGAGGACUUGGGUUCUCAGGUACGACGAUAUGUCGAUGCCUUCAAUCUUAACAUGAUCACUUCGGCGCAGAUUCAAUGGACAGAGUAUGAUCCAUCGACCAAGCGGUGGAUGGUCAAGUUCCAGACUCCCGCUGGUCAACGUACGGCAGUCUCUAAACACGUUGUCAUGGCCACAGGCAUUGGAUCCCAAAAGAUGAGUAUACCAUCAAUAGCAGAUGGCCACCUGUAUAGAGGUAUCAACAUCCAUUCAGAGCAAUACAAGAAUGCCGAGCAACUUAAGCAGAACGGAGCGAAGUCAGUCAUAGUAAUUGGAUCCGCCAAUACAGCUUUCGAUAUCCUCGGGGACUGCCACGCUGCGGGACUCCAAACAACAAUGAACGUUCGGUCUCCGACAUACAUGGUCCCAGUGGAGUACAUCGAUCACCCAGCCAGCCUAGGCGCUUAUGAUGCCGGCGUGGAGCGUGCAGAUAACCUUUUCAUGACACUGCCGACAUUCAUAGAUGCCCAGCUCACCUGCAACCUAUUUGCACAUUUCGCAUCACAGGAGCCAGAUCGAUACGGAGCUCUGGCAGCAGCUGGAUUCCCCGUCUUGGACAGCACCAACCCAGAAUGUGCAUUGAUGCAGAACCUGAUUGAGCGGGCUGGUGGACACUAUGUCGAUAUAGGCGGUACGAAGUUGCUGGAAGAAGGCAAGGCUGGUAUCAAGGCUAAUGUUGAGCCUGUUGCAUACACGUCGACGGGGCUGCGGUUCUCGGAUGGCAGCUAUGUGGACGUGGAUGCUGUCACAUGGUGUACUGGAUUCGCUGAUAAAGACGUGCGCGAAACUGCUGCUGGGAUCCUAGGCGGCUCUCCUAGCCAGACUUCCGGCGGUGCCCAGAAUGGCAAGAAUAGCAUGGACGGCGAGGCCAAUGGUAAGCAGAAAUUUGGUCCCCACGAGAUUGCUGUUCGUAUUGACGCCACAUGGGGUGUCGAUUCCGAGGGCGAGAUCCGUGGCUUGUGGAAGAGACAGUCACGCCUUGAUGGCUUUUGGGUGAUGGGUGGCUAUACACAGCAACACCGGUGGCACUCGCGGACGUUGGCGCUUCAGAUCAAAGCUGCCAUAGAGGGUAUUUUGCCGCCAGCUUAUCUGGAUACGCCCAUGUCUACCAAGUAA